AUGCGCCUCCACAUCUGGAACGUCUUAGGUGCCCGAACACUCUCCAUGAGCGGGAGACAACUUUUUGGCGUGGACAAGUUUAGGGAUACAGACAGAUCACUUCUAGCCGUACUUGCGGACCCCGAAAGCAUCUUCAUCCGAGGCCUUGCCCAAUUCAAGCAUCGGAGUCUAUACGCGAACGUCGUGAACGAUCGAACAGUCACAUACUACACCGCCGGUAUUUCGCAAACCGACCCUUUUGUCGACCCGGACGACAUCAAGAUAAACUAUAUCCCAGACUACGAAGAUGUCAUUGUCGAUGGCCAGCACCCAGUCUCGCACAAGGAGCCAGAAGAGCCUCCAGCGCUAUCACAGCGGCUGGUACAAGGCACAUGGACAAUACUGGGCAGGACUGGCAUUGUCGCAGCUUUGACGGUUCUCGUACCGAUCGGCGUGUCAGCUUUCCUCAUCAAUUCCGCAUUCCAAUCUAUACGCAGCCAGCAACGGAUAAGACUGCACGAGGAAGGCAGAUCGGGCAUCGACUACGCGCGCUAUCGCAUACCACUCAUGAUCAACGCCGUACGACGAGAAGCUGAGGGCAUGUACGAAAACGCAAACCACGUCCAGAGCCAAGAAUAUUUGAGUGAGAGCUACGAACACGUAGGAUCUGCUUCUACACGCAAGGACGAGUCCAGAUCCGACGUCGACUCGAUACAAGAGCAAAAGGAGGGCGCAACACCCACUUUUCCCACACUAGCUCUCACACAAGAACAAUUCGGGAUGAUUGAAGCGCUGGACAAUGUUGGCUUCACGAAGCACCCAGUCUACAUCCACAACCAUCGACACUCGCAUGCGGCCAUUGUUGUACGCAUGAACAAGCCUUCUUUCAAUGAGGGUAAGGUGGUCAUCAAGCACUGGCUGGACAAUUUCGAACUAUGA